AUGGCUGGGAAUGAUUCAGACAAGAAGGACAUUCGCGGUCCGCCUCCAACGGGUCUACCCGCGGCAGAGAAGCUCCCAGCAGGACUGCAAAAGAUCGUAGACAAAUCUGAUGCUGAUGAGAGCUUUUAUGAUGAGUUGUACGAGGGAAGUGCCCCCCAAACUACAGACACAAAUCUUCGAUAUGCCGCAUACUUAACUCGAGUACGAACCGCUCUUCUUUCGGCGCAGCGAUAUGUCGCAUACACCUCAGAUAUCGGCGAGUCGUUCCGACCUGUCGCCCAUCCAAAUUGGGUACGAGCAGCGUACGGUAUUUCCUGGGCAUAUAUUGCUGGAGAUGUAGCGCAUGAGGGUUACAAGGCGUACUGUGCGAAUCAAAGAGUUCUACAUCCAGAUUUACCUAGGAAGGCUGCGCCGCAAAAUUACAAUAAUGCUCAGAAUACUGUGAGCAAUGCGGAAGCCAUAGCAGAGGAGACUAAUUUGCAGCCUGGAACCGUGGCACCGAUAAAUGAUUGGAGGACGGUUAUGGUGCAAAGAGGACUGUUCCAGUCGAUUGCAUCUAUGGGACUGCCGGCUUUCACUAUCCACUCAAUUGUACGAUACUCUGGACGCGCUUUAAAGGGCAAUAGGAACAUCAAAAUACGAACAUACGGUCCAAUUGGUCUUGGGUUAGCUGCUGUUCCAGCGUUACCUUACUUGUUCGAUAAGCCAGUUGAGGAGGCUGUGGAAUGGAUAUUCCAUAAAGGCUUUGAGGUAGUCGGAGGAAAGGAAGCUGUUGGUACCUCCCCAUCUACAGGACGCGAAGCCGCUUUGAACCUGGACCAGAAGAAGGCAGUGAAAGAGAAGGAGUUAUAA